AUGGCUGAGGAACAACAACAACCACCACCACAGCAGUCUGAUGCCCAUCAGCAGCCCACCCCCUGCACUCCCAGCCCGGGGGUGGCCCUGCCAGCCCUGGUGCCAGGGCUGCCGGGGACGGAGGCCCGCGCGCUGCAACACAAGAUCAAGAACUCCAUCUGUAAAACUGUACAAUCUAAAGUGGACUGCAUUUUGCAAGAAGUUGAGAAGUUUACAGACCUAGAGAAACUCUACCUCUACCUUCAGCUGCCUUCUGGUCUCAGCAAUGGAGAGAAAAGUGAUCAGAGUUCCAUGUCAUCUAGCCGUGCCCAGCAAAUGCAUGCCUUUUCCUGGAUCAGAAAUACAUUGGAGGAACAUCCUGAGACUUCACUACCUAAACAGGAAGUCUAUGAUGAAUAUAAAAGCUAUUGCGACAAUCUUGGUUACCAUCCAUUAAGUGCUGCUGACUUUGGAAAGAUCAUGAAAAACGUCUUUCCAAACAUGAAGGCACGUCGCCUGGGCACAAGAGGCAAAUCAAAAUAUUGCUACAGUGGACUAAGGAAAAAAGCUUUUGUUCAUAUGCCAACACUGCCCAACCUUGACUUUCAUAAAAGUGGAGAUGGGUUGGAAGGAGCCGAACCUUCCGGGCAACUCCAAACUGUUGAUGAGGAAGUUAUCUCUGCUGCCUGCCGCCUUGUGUGUGAGUGGGCCCAGAAAGUAUUAAGCCAACCAUUUGAUUCAGUCUUGGAAUUAGCUCGCUUCCUUGUAAAAAGUCACUACAUAGGCACCAAAUCGAUGGCAGCUCUAACUGUAAUGGCAGCAGCACCAGCAGGAAUUAAAGGAAUCACCCAGCCCUCUGCUUUUAUACCCACUGCUGAAAGCAAUUCCUUUCAGCCUCAAGUGAAGACCCUGCCCUCUCCUGUUGAUGCUAAGCAGCAGUUACAACGGAAAAUCCAAAAGAAACAACAAGAACAGAAGCUACAAUCUCCCUUGCCAGGAGAAUCUCCAGGAAAGAAACCAGAAGGAGCUACAACCAAUGGAGUAACUAGUAUUUCUAAUGGAAAUCCUCCAAUCCUUUCUCCACAGCCAAUUGGUAUUGUGGUGGCAGCUGUUCCCAGUCCUAUUCCGGUACCAAGAACCACCAGGCAGUUGGUGACUUCCCCAAGUCCAAUGGGUUCUUCAGAUGGCAAGGUCCUUCCUCUCAAUGUACAGGUGGUCACCCAGCACAUGCAGUCUGUGAAACAGGCACCAAAGACUCCUCAGAAUGUUCCAGCCAGUCCAGGCGGUGAUCGUUCUGCUAGACACCGGUACCCUCAGAUCUUACCCAAGCCAGCCAACACCAGUGCGCUCACCAUACGCUCUCCAACUACUGUCCUCUUUACAAGCAGCCCCAUCAAAACUGUUGUACCAGCUCCACAUAUGAGUUCUCUAAAUGUGGUAAAAAUGACAGCAAUAUCACUCACCCCCAGCAACAGUAGUGCCCCUCUUAAACAUUCUCCCUCUGUGAAUAGUGCAACUGGAACAAUAGAAGAAUCAAGGGCUGUUUCCCAUAUCAAAAAUGGUUCUGUCGUUUCAAUUCAGUCUCCUGGAUCCAAGACAAAUAGUUCUAUGGGAACUUCCUCUGUGGAAGUAAAAAUGGAACCAGAUAACUUAUUAGAUGAAAAUUCUGUACAGUGCCAAGAGAACUCUGAUGUAUCUAAAGCUGCUAAAGUGACCCCUCGUGGACCUUUGGGGCAGAGAAGUAAUUCAGAGGGUACAGGAUUGAAACCCUCAAGUGAAGGUGUAACUGAAACAAAAACAACUAAGCCCUGUGACCAGAGGACCAAAUGUAAAAAUCGUUACAAUGAAAUGCCACCAGUCACUUCAGGCAAUAAUCACAGUACUGUCACUCUCUCAGUUGGCACUCAGAACUUACCCUUCACCAGCACCAAUUCACCACCUAAUGGUGACUCCGCUAAUAAAGACACAAAGUUAGGCACUAAAAGUCCGAGAAAGCGACUGUCUACAUUGCAAGAGUCGCAGGUGCCUCCUGUAAAGAAACCCCUUGUGGAACAGCUCUCUGCAGGUAACAUUGAAGCUCAGAAAGGAGGCAGCAGUGCUAAAAAAGACCAGAAAGUUCUCCCUGCAACAAAAGCAGAGAGCUUAGCAAUAGGUGCUCAGGUUCCUGGCAAGGCAAUGAUAAAUGUAAAUUCACAUGUUGUAGCAAACCAGUCCUUAAGUUCUAAUGUUGUAAAUGCCAGUGAUUCGCCUUUAGAACAGCCAAUGACAUCAUCAUCUCCAGAUAUUAAAGUGAAAUUAGAAGGAAAUUUGUUUCUCUUAGAAAAUGACUCAAAAGCAGAUAGCAGCUUUAAUUCCAGUGACUGGCAGCAGCAGAUCACUCAGGAUUCUGAUUUUUCAUCUGCCAACUGUGAACCACAUCAAGGGGUCAGUGUUAUGAAUAUUACUGGUCACUCUGACAUUAAUGACUUGGAGAAGUCCGUUUGGGAGCCAUUGCACUUAGACGGAAUGCAGCUACACAACCAGAUACAAGAAUCUUCUCUGAGUCAAAUGCAAGCACAGUCUUCGAAUCAGUUACCUCUGCAGUCUGACCUGAAGGAAUUUGAGCCUACUGUUUCUCAGACAAAUGAAAACUAUUUUCCAUUUGAUGACGAACUUACACAGGAUAGUAUUGUGGAAGAGCUAGUGCUCAUGGAACAACAAAUGUCAAUGAACAAUUCACAUUCUUAUGGUAGCUGUUUAGGAAUGACACUUCAGAGUCAAGCAGUAACUGCAGGAACUCCAUUGUCAUCUCACCCCAACAGUACACACUUCUACCAUUCAAUCCAUAGCAAUGGCACUCCAAUUCAUACACCUACACCAACUCCAACCCCCACCCCAACACCAACUCCAACACCAACUCCAACCUCGGAGAUGAUCACCGGUUCUCAGAGUUUGUCAAGAGAGAGCCCCUGCUCUAGAUUAGCCCAGACGACACCAGUUGAUAGCGCUUUAGGGAGUAGCAGACAUACACCAAUCGGUACUCCUCACUCUAACUGCAGUAGCAGUGUCCCUCCUAGUCCUGUUGAAUGCAGGAAUCCGUUUGCAUUUACCCCAAUAAGCUCCAGCAUGGCAUACCAUGAUGCAAGCAUUGUCUCAAGUAGCCCUGUGAAACCAAUGCAAAGACCUAUGGCUACUCACCCUGACAAAACCAAACUUGAAUGGAUGAACAAUGGGUAUAGCGGGGUCAGUAGUUCAACAGUUUCAAGCCACGGCAUUCUCCCAAGCUAUCAGGAACUAGUGGAAGAUCGUUUCAGGAAACCUCAUGCUUUUGCUGUGCCUGGCCAGUCAUAUCAGUCUCAGUCCAGGCAUCAUGAUACUCAUUUUGGUAGAUUGACUCCUGUCUCACCCGUGCAACAUCAAGUUACCACUGUAAAUAAUACCAACAAGCAAGAAGGCUUUGCAGUUCCUGCUCCUCUUGAUAACAAAGGGAAUAAUUCUUCCCUCAACAGCAGCUUACGAUGCCGGAGUGUGAGUCCUGCAGUACAUCGCCAACGUAAUCUUAGUGGAAGCACCCUCUAUCCGGUUUCUAAUAUACCACGAUCUAAUUUGACCCCCUUUGGAAGCCCAGUAACUCCAGAAGUCCAUAAUGUUUUUACAAAUGUACACACAGACACCAGUGCCAACAAUAUAGCUCAAAGAAGUCAGUCAGUCCCAUUGACUGUUAUGAUGCAGACAGCCUUCCCCACUCUUCAGAAACAAGCAAACAGUAAAAAAAUAACCAAUGUUUUGUUGAGUAAACUCGAUUCUGACAAUGAUGAUGCAGUAAGAGGUUUGGGAAUAAACAACCUGCCCUCCAAUUACACAGCAAGAAUGAAUCUCACUCAGAUACUAGAAACUUCCACUGCUUUUCCUAGUGCCAAUCCACAGAAUAUGAUCAAUUCCAGCACUUCAGUUUAUGAAUUCCAAACACCAACUUACCUCACAAAAAACAACAGCACGGAUCAGAUUAAUUUUUCUCCUGGAGAUAACCAAGCACAAUCAGAAAUUGGAGAGCAGCAAUUAGAUUUCAGUAGCACUGUUAAAGACCUGUUGGGUGGGGACAACCUGCAAGCCAACCAGCAGCUGGUGGGUCAGGUAGCAUCAGAUCUCAGUAAUGUGGCAUCUGAUUUCUCUAGCGAUAUCAGGUUGUCUUCUGAACUCUCAGGCAGCAUCAAUGAUUUGAACACUUUAGACACAAAUCUACUGUUUGAUCCAGGUCGCCAGCAGGGACAAGAUGAUGAUGCUACACUGGAGGAAUUAAAGAAUGACCCAUUAUUUCAGCAAAUCUGCAAUGAAUCCAUGAACCCUAUAACUUCAUCAGGUUUUGAGUGGAUGGAAAGCAAGGACCAUCCCACUGUUGAAAUGUUGGGUUAAAUUGUGUUUUAUAUAAUAUGUAGCACACUGUAUCUAAUGACAGAUGUAUUGUAUUUGUCUUAAUGGAAGUGCC